AUUGGUUGUCAUUGUGAACAUGGGUUGUAUUUUCAUUUUGAUUUCAGGAUCUUCAAAAGGGAAUUGAUCUUGGUUUAGUAUCUCCAGAGGUUUUGCAGAACUUCUUUGAUCUAGAGCAGUAUCCUCUGAUUUCAGAACUCACUCACCGUUUCGGGGGUUUCAGGGAAAGAUUGUUGGCAGAUCCCAAAUUCUUGCACAGAUUAGCCAUAGAAGAAGCCAUAUCAAUAACAACUACAUUGUUGGCGCAAUAUGAAAAGCGGAAAGAUAAUUUUUUCCAAGAGCUUGACUACGUUAUUACAGACACUAUCAGAGGAUCAGUAGUUGAUUUUUUUACAGUGUGGCUCCCUGCACCAACUUUGUCAUUCCUUUCAUAUGCUGAUGAGAUGAAAGCCCCUGACAACAUUGGUUCUCUAAUGGGACUUCUAGGUUCCAUCCCGGACAAUGCAUUUCAAAAGAAUCUUGCAGGAACAAACUGGAAUCUCAAUCAUAGAAUUGCAUCAGUUGUAUUUGGUGGGCUAAAACUUGCUAGUGUUGGAUUUAUUUCAAGCAUUGGAGCCGUGGCUUCAUCAAAUUCUCUAUAUGGAAUCCGUAAAUUCCUUAAUCCAGCCAUUGUCACUGAGCAACGGGUUAUAAGGUCACCAAUACUGAAAACAGCUGUCAUAUAUGCUUGCUUUCUUGGAAUUUCUGCAAAUCUCCGUUAUCAGAUAAUUGCUGGGAUAGUGGAGCAUCGGAUUUCUGAACAGUUUGCUUCCCAGACAUUCUUUGUAAAUAUGCUUUCUUUUGUAGCACGGACUGUCAAUUCCUAUUGGGGAACCCAGCAAUGGAUUGACCUAGCGCGCUUUACUGGCCUGCAAGUUAGAAAGACAGAGUCGCCAACAUCAGAUUCUCCGAAUAGUGCUGCAAUUUUAUGCAACGAAGCAGAAGAAGCCACCAUUGAUGAGAUAGAAAAAUAAAAGUGGUGACUAUACGUUGCGACAUUUUUUUCGUGGUAAUUUGUAUUAUUCUUGAAAAGCUGGUAAUACAGGCACAGAGGAAUAGGUUAUUGUUUUCAUCAUAAUCUCUUUCUGUCUCUUGCUGA